AGUAUUUGUCAAGCUUGCAGAGCACGAAAAUUCCAGAAUUUCUGUUACUUAGGUUAUUGAUUUCUGUAUAAAGUAUGUAACAUAUGUUUUGGAAAAAUAAAAAUGUAAUCUGCGUGACAUCUCAACGAGUGGAACCUUUGACAAUUCAUACACGUCGUGUCUAUUAAAUACGAUUGAAACAGUUAUGGGAAGAACAAACUAAGCUUCCGUUCGCCGGCAUUUCGUUCCUUUCCAUCGGAAUCAUACUCUUUGACAUUUAGAAAUGGCAGAAACUGAGGCACAAUUAAAACGACUUUUACUCCCAGCAGAGGAAACCGUAUUCGAGCAAUUGUUAAGAUUCGGCUUGUACAUCGGUGCAAUUUUUCAAGUCGUAUGCUUAUUGGCGAUAGUAGUUUAUCAAGCCGGCCCUUCCGAUGGUAUAGCUGCUUUAAAGGACGAUGCGAGUGAUGUAGACUGUUCAGAAAACAGUCCUCAGGUUACCCCUCGGAGACCACAUAGGCCGAGGAAACAGGAGAAAAAGAAAAGACGUUGAACUUCAAUAAAAAUGUAUCAUCCUCAUAUUAAUUUAUGUUUUAUAAUGUUCACAUGAUCCAAAGACUGCUUUUAAAUAGUAUUAUUCAUGUAUUUCUUAAGAUGUUUUAAGCUCGAUGUAAACACGUUUUUAAAGUGUUGAAAUAAUGUUUAAUGUACAAUGUAAGAAAUAUUUAUGAAAUAUGUAUCUUGUAAUAAAUAUAAAAUCAUCUUAUAAUUCAGCAUUGUAUGAAGGCAAAUCCUUUGAGGAAAGAACUGUAAAAUAUACUCAUAUAGUGUUA